UGAUUCAAGCCUGUGAAUGAAUGAGCUGAGCUGUGCUGCUCGGAUCCCGUCAUCCUCCCUGCGCUCCUUUAAAACUAGCCCGAGGGCAAAUCACUCCUGCCGCCGAGGCCGCCGCUGCCCACAGCUGGACCCCGGCCCGUGUAGAGGAAUCUAAAGGACGCCUAUAUUUCCCGGUUUCGGUGCGGUGAGGAAGAGGACGGUCUGCCUGCCAUGGACGAAGCCCUCAACAGCACCGUUCACCCAGCCUGCAUUCAGGAGCCCCCGCUGGCGCUCGACGCGAUAAAGCAGCUGGAUUUAUUUGGAGUUUGCCAGUACUGCGUGCUCACCUUCAUGUCCUGCGUUUCCCUGCUGCUCUACCUGGAGCUGUGCUUGUAUAUUUAUAAGAAGAUGCCGUACCCCAAGAAGACCAAGGUGAUUUGGAUAAAUGGAGCAGCACCAGUCAUUUCCAUCAUGGCUUGCUUUGGGAUGUGGAUCCCGAGAGCCAUCAUGUUCACAGACAUGACAUCCAGCUGCUAUUUUGCAGUUGUGGUGUAUAAAGUGCUGCUUCUGCUCAUCGAGGAGUUCGGCGGCUGCAACGCGUUCCUGAAGAGAUUCGCGGGGGAGCCGUUCAUGAUCAGCACCGGCCCCUGCUGCUGCUGCUGCCCCUGCAUCCCCCGGGUGCCCAUGUCACGGCGGAUGCUGUUCAUGCUGAGGGCGGCGUCUCUCCAGUAUGCGAUCCUGAAGACCACCUUCUCUGUCUUCUCCAUCAUACUGUGGACAAAUGGCAUCUAUGAUCCCUUUAACUUGAACAUUGCUGGUGUAGCCAUUUGGAUUGGUUUAUUCGUGGGGGUCCUCACCAUUAUAUCCCUUUGGCCUGUUGCCAUCAUCUUCAUGAACACUAACAAACACCUACGCAGUGUGAAGAUAAUACCCAAAUACGCCAUGUAUCAAUUAGUUCUUGUACUGAGUCAGCUGCAGACGUCCAUCAUUAACAUCCUCGCUUUGAACGGGGUCAUCGCCUGCUCUCCUCCCUUCUCCUCUCAAGCUCGUGGAUCCAAGCUCAGUCAGCAGCUGAUGAUCAUGGAGAUGUUCAUCAUCACUCUGGUCAACCGGUUGUUGUACCACCGUCCGUAUGACGCAGUUCUGCCUGAGGAGCGCGACAAUCCGCAAAACAACCACAACCACAACCACAACAGCGGCGUUGUCGUGCAGGCGGCUGUGGUGGAGCAUGACGUCUAAACUAGGACACCGGUCCAGGCUCACUAACUAUCAUUUACAUCAACAGACACAAUAAUCUGAAAUGACCUAAUGCAUUGGCUCAUUGUGAUGAAUGGGAUGACUUUUAACCCAGUAUACAGUUGACACUGCUCUCAUUGUAAUUUAUCAACAUCUGUAUUCAUAUCCCUUAGAAUAACAUAUGUUUAGGUGUAGCUUUAUUACAGUAUGCAAUUAAUGUUUUUAUUAUUCAUUUGUUUUGGGAUGGUGUCAGAAAUAGCAAUUACUCCAACUAGGAUGUGGACAUAAUGAUGUAACGGCUUGCUGUGUACAUUUACCAUCCUGAGACAGAUACAUGUGAGAUACUACAAGUGUUGUAUU